AUGCCAUCUCGAGUUUCUGCUCGGACCUCGUCAGCAACCGCUGUCCGCAAGUCGUCUGCCCCACCCGCUGAAAAGAACGCGCCGACUGUAUUCAUCCCCGCGGAGCCCUCACUCCCGACCUCCUCCCCGCAUCUCCGGAAAGCCAUUAUCGAGAUUUUCUCAGAUGCUCAACGUUCAACAUCUGGUCACAGGAAGCUUGUCGUGCGGUUAAGGAAAAUACAAGAAGGAUGUUGUGGAUUGCGACAGGAGAAGGCGAAAGGGAAGGGAAACAGAGCGCAUGAAGAGUCCAUAAACGAUAGCUUCACUGACGGCGACGGAGUGGCGGAAAAUGAGUUUAAUAUUGAGGUUUCCAGGUGCAUACUGAGAGUUCUUGGAGUGAAAAAGGCAGAGGGAGCGGGCGAUCGGGUCAUCAAAUUCCUUGGAACUUUCUUAAGAGUAGCUACCGAGAAAGAUUUUGAGCUGUUCCUUCAGGGCGAUCCAGAUGAGACGCAGUCUCUACCGGAGACCCCUACCUCCAGGUUAAUUUUCAACAUCGUGUCAACAAUGACUCCACUGCUAGCGGCCAAAGAAAGGAUUGUUCGGUAUCGUGUAACGCAGAUCAUUACUCACAUUGUCAAUUCGUUAGAUUCAGUGGAUGAUGAGUUAUAUCGCCUCAUCCGACAGGGUUUAGUCAAACGAAUCAGAGAUAAAGAACCCUCCGUUCGUGUCCAGGCCGUAAUGGGGCUUGGGCGACUCGCCGGAAAUGAAGACGAGGACGAUGACUCGAACAAAAACGAUGGAGCAGCAGCGCUCCUGGACAAGCUACUGGACGUCCUUCAAAAUGACACUAGUGCUGAAGUGCGACGGACAUUGCUUCUUAACCUUCCAUUAACGCCAGCUACCUUGCCUUACCUCCUAGAACGGGCUCGAGACCUGGAUGCAUCCACCCGAAGAGCAUUGUACUCACGUCUACUUCCGCAAUUAGGCGACUUUAGACAUCUGUCUUUGUCAAUGAGAGAAAAGCUACUGCGAUGGGGUAUACGGGAUCGCGAUGAUAAUGUCAAGAAAGCGGCUGGUAGGUUAUUCUACGAGCGUUGGAUUGAGGAUUGCGCCGGGAGGUCCGAAACGGGGGAGGAUGGCGAACGACGCACGGACAAAACUGCGCCACCUAGCAUGCCCGCGCUGGUGGAGCUUCUCGAACGGAUAGACGUCGUGAACUCUGGAAUCGAAGGUGGAAUUGCUCAUGAAGCAAUGAAGAACUUCUGGGAAGGACGUCCUGACUACCGUGAAACAGUUGAUUUCAAUGAGCAAUUUUGGGAAUCUCUCACGCCGGAAACAGUGUUCAUGGCUCGAAGCUUCAACCAGUUCUGCAAGGAAGAAGGUGAUGGCAAAUAUGAUAAUUUAGCGGACGAAAAGAUUCCUGAAGUUACUGCCUUGGCGUACUACCUCCAUAAAUACACGACUGCUCUCUUAGACAGGUUAAGUCGACCAGCAGGGGAUGAUCGUGCAGAAGAGGAAACUGUCGAAUGUGAAUUUGUUGUUGAACAACUCUUGCACAUCUGUCUUACUCUUGAUUAUAGUGAUGAAGUUGGCAGAAGAAAGAUGUUUUCUCUUCUAAGAGAGACGUUGGCAGUUCCUAACUUGCCAGAGGAGGUAACAAAGCUUGUCGUGGAGGCUCUGCGAGCGGUUUGCGGCCCUGACGCCGCCGGUGAGAGCGAAUUUUGUGGUGUCGUUCUCGAAGCUGUUGCAGAAGUCCAUGAUACCAUCGUAUCAGAGGAUAGCUUUGUUUCAGCUAAGUCGGAACAAAGCGAGGAAAGUGGAUCAAAAUCUAAACGAAAUCGAUCUGAGACACCUGAGGAUGAGGAUGAAGAAGAUGAGGGUGACAGUGAGGAGGUUCCCUUUAACAAAGAGGAGGCCAAAGCUAAGAUCCUUCGCGAGAUUAUGGUGAACAUGAAAUGCCUCUAUAUCGCGCAAUGUAUGCUUCAGAAUGUUGAAGGAAACUUGCAGGAUAAUAUGCACCUAGUGACCAUGCUGAACAACCUGGUGGUUCCAGCGGUCAGGAGCCAUGAGGCCCCCAUUAGAGAGCGUGGGCUUGAGUGCUUGGGGCUGUGUUGUCUGCUAGAUAAGACACUCGCUGAAGAGAACAUGAGUUUGUUCAUCCAUUGCUACACGAAAGGCCACGAGGCUCUACAGGAAACAGCGAUACGAAUUCUUGCUGAUAUCCUCACAACUCAUACUUCAAUACUUCUGCCAGUCCAAUCGCCAAAUGAAAGCAAUUCUGUGGUUCCUCCCCCAUUCCAAAAGCCAUUGCUCAGGGUGUUCGCCAAGUCAUUGAAAGCCAGCUCCCCGCCAAUUGUCCAAACGGCAGCUGUCACUUCAUUGGCAAAACUGCUUCUUACUGGCACCUUAUCGCCGUCCGGCCCUAAUAUCCCCUCAUCGAUCAAAGAGUUAAAUGAGAACUCCAUUGACACUCUCCUACAAGCUCUCGUUCUCUCAUUCUUCAAUCCCCGGACGCAGGAUAACCUGGCUCUCAGGCAGGCACUUACCUACUUCCUCCCUGUCUACUGUCACUCUCGUCCUGCAAACGCUCAACAUAUGCGCAAAAUCGCUGUAUCGGUAGUGCACUCAGUUUUAUCUGCAGCCGAUGAUUUCUACUCCUUAGAAGCCGAUGAAGACAGCGACGGAGAGAUCGAUGACAGCGUAGGGGAAAAGGAAAUCAAAUCGCUCAUGUCAAAUGUUGUAGGCAUGCUUGCGGAAUGGACAGAUGACCGGCGAAUCGUUGGAUUGGGUGGUGAAGCGCAACUGCCCGGGCUCUCUGUAGCUCCCAAUGUCACCCCAUUCCGUCCCAGCGACAGUCUCCACCUAGCCUUGAUGCGGGAUAUUCUCCAACGCCUUCUCGGAGUUGGCUCCACAAGUGCUUCCACCAAAGAAGAGAAAAAACAUCUACUCUCCUUGCUGGGCAAACUGCAUGUUCCAUCCCCACCUGCACCUCCAACAGCACCUUCGCGAUCGGGGUCGCGCGUGCCCGAUGGUGUAGAUGAUCAUGAAAGUCUUGGCUCCAGCAUGCGCUCCCAUAACACCAACACUCAAGUUCAGUUCGCUUCCGAUGAUGAUGGGGAGUUGCCACUGCUUGUGAAAGAUCUGUUAGACCAGGCAAUCUCCUCCGGUGUUGCGAGUGAUGCGACGAGCAGAAAUGCGCUAGUUAAGGCGAAGAACGCGGUCUUGAAGCUUGUCGCUGCGGUGGUAGCGGCAUCCAAGACCAAUGAGAAGAUAAGAGAUACAAGCCGUGCUGUUUCUGUGAGUAGUAUUGCAAGUAACAGUAGCAGCGGCAGACGGGAGAGUGGGAUCAGCCAAGCAACUAAACGAAGAUCGAGGGAGGUUUCCGCCACCCCUUCAGCGGCUUCCAUGGCAUCCAUGGCGUCUGUGGCUAUCAAAAGGGAGCGGGGGAAUGAUGGGGAGAGCGUUUUAAGCGCUGUGCAGAGUGAGGCUGAGAGUGCGAGUGCGGAUAUGGAUGGUAGUGGGACGGAAGCUGGGGAAGGAGAUGAUGGUGAUGAUACCGUCAUUGCUACAAACCUUGGUGGUGGCGGGAGGAAACGGGAAAGCACUGCUGACACAGGGACGGAUGUAUUUACUGAUGCCGAGGAGUAA